UCGCCCUCGCCUCCCUGGAGCGAGAGCUCGAGCGCGAAACCGUCGUCGUCUCCGCCGAUGCCGAAGAAGGAGUACCCGCCGGACCUGACGCUGCCGGACAUAAAGAACGGGAUCUACAGCACGGACGAGUUCCGCAUGUACGCGUUCAAGGUGAAGCCGUGCUCGCGCGCGUACUCGCACGACUGGACGGAGUGCCCGUUCGUGCACCCGGGCGAGAACGCGCGGCGCGCGACACCCGCAAGUUCCUGUACAGCUUGCGUGCCCUGCCCCGAGUUUCGCAAGGGCUCGUGCCGCCACGGCGACGCCUGCGAUACAGCCCACGGCGUGUUCGAGUCCUCUCACCCGGCCCAGUACCGCACCGCUCCGCAAGACGAGACCGGCUGCGCCCGCCGCGUCUGCUUCUUCGCCCACCAGCCCGACGAGCUCCGCGCCGUCAACCUCACUCAGCCUCC